AUGUCCCGGAGCAUCGCGCGUGUCACCGACCGAGACCCCGGUGCCUUGCCAGCCACGCCCGCCAUCGCCCACCUCAUCCGUCAAAGAGGCCUCCGCUCCAUGGACCUCCCGGGGCCAGCAGGGUCCAAGGGGCCGUGGCCACCGACGUCGUCGCCACCAGCACCGCACGCCUGGCAGGCCGAGGAGGAGGACGACGACAACGGCACCACCCACGGCAGCCACGACAUUCAGCACCAUCAGCUCCAUCGGCGCCACCAGCCGCGCCCGACCACCUCCCCCUCCCCCGCUACCGGCAGUAGUAGCGGCGGUCUCCACCGGGAGCAGCAGCAGCAGCAGCAGCCCCUCGAGCACCGCCACCGCCACCGCCAGCAGCAGCAGCAGCAGCAGCAGCAGCAGCAGCAGUCCCCCGAUGACGACGACUUCAAGCGUCCCGCCCUGCCCUACCGCAAGCGCACUACCACCGCUACUACCACCUCCUCCUCCUCCUCCUCCACCACCACCACCACCACCACAAUGCAGCAGCAGCAGCAGCAAUGCGGCGCGGCGGUGGCGGGUCAUUUGCUGCCUGCUGCUGUACAGGCCAGGAGCGCGAAGGAGCUGGAGGCCCUGUUCCGCCACCUGGUGCACACCUUCCACGCCAGCGCUCCCCACCACUUGCGCACAGGCGCACCCGCCAUCACGACCGCCGCCGCCGCCGCCGAUGCCGCCGCCGCUGCCGCCACCACCACCACCACCACCACCGUCACCACCGUCACCGCGGCCGCCAGCAGCAGCAGCAGCCGUCUAGAGCAGGAGCAGGAGCAGGAGCAGGAGGAUCAGGAGCAGGAGCAGGAGGAUCAGCGACGAUGA